CAUAACACGCCGGAAGUUUAUUCGUUUCCAAGGCGACGGCUCCGCCACUGCUCCAUCCAGGCGGCGGGAGUCGGGACGCUGGAAAGCGACUCCGAGGAGCGGGUACUCGUCCACGGCGGCCGCCGCCACAGCGACUCACGGGGCGUAGCAGCCGAAGACGGCGGCCGCCGCACUAGCCCUCACGCGUGGAGGAUAAACAGCCGACACAGCCAUCGCAGCGGCCAGUCAAGGGAGAAAGGUGACGAAGACCAGGACUUGAGCCGUAGCGAAGACAGGGAAAGAGUAAGCGAGGACGUCAGCUUCGCCCGCAGGGACUCCGGAAGGGUCAGUGAAGGCCUGGGCCACUGCCGCAGUGGUUUUCGGGAGCGAGUUAAUAAGGGAGAUGGUGGUCCCGGCCACAACAGCUCCUGGGAGAGAGUGAGGGGAUGCCGCGGCUUCCGCAGCAGCCUUCUCAGUUUAAGUGAAGUCAGCGGCCACCAAACUAGUGACUCCGUGGGAACGGUCACAGAGGACCGCGGCGGCCUCCGCCUCAGUGGCUCUUGGGAGGGAGCGAGUGUCGAUGGCGGCCACAACCUGAGUAGUUCCUGGGAGGGAGUAAGUGAAGACGGCGGCUACGCGGCCAGCGAAUCCUCCGGGGUGAGCGUCAGCCAAGACUCCAGCCACCGCCUCAGUGGCUUCUGGGAGAAAGCAAGUGAAGACGGAGGAUCUGGCUGCAGGGGCUCUUGGGAGAGAGCAAGGGAGGACGGCGGCCCUGGCCCCAGUGAAGACGAAGACGGCCGCUGCAGUGGCUCGUGGGUGACAGCGAGGGAAGACCGCCGCGGCAGCGGGGGCCUGGAUUCAACUCCCCCCGGAAGCCCGAGGGAUCGCACCAUGCCCGGGGUGUCCCAUUCAGACUCCUCCACCUCCUCUACGGAGACUGCAAGCCCCUGUGCCAGGAAGAAGGUACAUUUUCGGAGCAUACAUGAUGCAGUACGAGCUGGAGAUGUAAAGCAGCUUUCAAAAAUUGUAGAACAUGGAGCCAGCGUUAAUGAAGUUGACAUUUUCCAUAAAUUUACCCCUUUACAUUGGGCAGCACAUUCUGGAAGUCUGGAGUGUCUUCAUUGGCUCCUCUGGCAUGGAGCUGAUAUUACCCAAGCCACUAUGAGAGGCUGGACAGCAGCUCACAUAGCUGCAAUCAGGGGUAAAGAUGCUUGUAUGCAGGUAAUAAUAAAUUUGUUUAAUUUUAAAAAAUUCAAGUUUAAUUACUUUAGCAUAGUUCUGAUAAAGUACUCUUUGGCAUUUCCGGGUCAUGUGGCUGCCUUUAAGGGUGAUUUGGAAAUGCUUAAGAAAUUAUUAGAAGAUGGAGUAAUCAAUAUUAAUGAACGUGAUAAUAAUGGAUCAACUCCUAUGCAUAAAGGCAUUUACACAUUAUCACAUUUGAGGGAUCCCAGUGUGACUGAUAAGAGGGAAUGGAAACCUGUACAUUAUGCAGCAUUUCAUGGACGGCUUGGCUGUUUGCAACUUUUAGUUAAAUGGGGAUGUGGCAUAGAAGAUGUGGACUACAAUGGAAACCUUCCAGUUCACUUAGCAGCCAUGGAAGGCCACCUUUACUGUUUUAAAUUUCUACUCACUAGAAUGAGCAGUGCAACACAAGCUUUAAAAACCUUCAAUGAUAAUGGAGAAAAUGUACUGGACUUGGCCCAGAGGUUCUUUAAGCAGAACAUUUUACAGUUUAUCCAGGGGGCUGAGUAUGAAAGAAAUGAUCCAGAAGAUCAGGAAACUGCUGGACAAGGCCACAUAGUGUGUUUGCAGUGGCUAAUUAAAAUGGGAGCAGACUGCAAUAUUGCUAACAAAGCAGGCGAGAAACCCAGUGAUGUGGCUAAGAGGUUUGCUCAUUUAGCAGCAGUAAAGCUAUUGGAGGGGCUACAGAAAUAUGAUAUAGAUGAUGAGAAUGAAAUCGAUGAAAAUGAUAUGAAGUUUUUUAUAAGACAUGGUGUUGAGGGAAGCACUGAUGCCAGGGAUGAUUUAUAUCUUAAUGAGUCAGAUAAAACAGAUGCCAGAAGGCAAAAGGAGAAGCAGGGAGAUCAGUUAGGGGCUGUGACCUUAGCUCAGGAAAAAGUUGAUAAUGGCUUAGACAAGGGUGAAAAUGAUGGAGAUGGUGAGACAUGGACUAUCCAAGAGCUGCAGAGCCAGCUGGAAUAUGAACGAGUACGUCGAGAAAAAUUAGAAUGUCAGCUGGAUGAGUAUCGAGCAGAGGUGGACCAACUCAGGGAGACCCUGGAAAAUAUUAAAGUCCCCAACUUGGUGGCUGUGGAAGAUGACUGUUCUUGUGAGUCAAGCAAGGAGAAGAGGAGAGUGAAAAAAAAAGUGUCUUCUGGGGGAGUUUUUGUGAGAAGUUCUGACUUCAGUUCCUCACUUUUCCUACCCAUCCCCCUCCUCCUUGACCUGGCAAAGACUUGUCACUCUCUUGGGGCAGUUGUCUAGAUCCUGCCUCCCUCUGAAGAGCUGAUGGCUGGCUUUGGGCUUCACUGGCAGAAGCCUUCUUGCCCUACACCAGACUGCCCACCCUCUAGGCCCUGCAUGUACCUUACACGGAUGCGAAAGGCCAUUUUGACCCACUAUUAUCAGAACCAGCUUGCUCUGACAUGAGGGCAUGUGAUUGCUAAGACCAGUACAGGUUGGUUAAGGGUCUAUAAGCAAGUGUUAAAAUCCUUUUGAUAACCUUUCUAGUUAUAAUUGUUAGUUUCUCUGUGGUUUCCAAUAGGCCUUCAUGCUGUAGUAAUAAUGCUAGUUGUCAACAUUAAUUGGACACUCACUACACGUGAGAUCUGUGCCAAGUCCUUGACAGAUAGUCUCUCAAUUCUCACAGCAGCUCUAUGUGAUCCAUGUUAUACAUGGAGAGUAAAUAAUUUGCCCAGAAUCACAGAGCAAUGUGAAGUCAGGAUUCUAAUCUUAACAGGAAAGUUCAAAGUCUGUACUCUUAUCCACGACUGGAAUUCCCAAGUCCAAAGUUUCCUUCCUUCUGGGACCCAUGGCCUGUUUCCUUAUAGUCCGGUGACCCUCAUGUUAAUCCCGAUCCUGGAAAUUGUUUGUUUGUGAUACUUGCUCCAGUUUCUCAAGGCCGUGUCUCUAGUCUCUCUGUACCAGUGAGGCAGGAAAUA